CUCCCGUGUGCGCCUGCUGCAGUCCUCCCGGGGCAGAUCGCACACCACAGCACAUGUUAUAAGCAGAAGGAGCCGCUCUGCUGUAGUUUUCUUGCAUUCCCCUGCGUUAAACUCUAGCGGUGCCUCAGCCAUGCCUCUCCAGGUGGUGUUGCAGGGUGGCGGGCCGUGGGGCUUCAGGCUGGUCGGGGGAAAGGACUUCGAGCAGCCGCUGACUAUUUCACGGGUGACUCCAGGGAGCAAAGCGGCAGAAGCGAACCUCUGUAUCGGGGACCACAUCAUCGCCAUAGACGGAGAAUCCACUGAAGGCAUGACGCACAUCGAAGCCCAAAACAAAAUCAAGGGCUGCGCAGACGAGAUGGCGCUCUCUAUCGACAGGUCAGAGUACAAAAUGUGGUCGCCGCUCUCCUCGGAGGGAGGGAAGGUGAAUCCGUACAAGAUGAAUCUCAUCUCAGAGCCUCAGGAGGUGAAGCACAUAGGCUCCGCCCACAACAGAAGCGCUCUGCCAUUCAGUGGAUUUGGGGCCAAAGUCGUGACAAACCAGUACAAUAAUCCAGCCGGCCUCUACUCCUCUGAAAACAUCAAGGACUUCAACUCUGCUGUGGAUGAAGUCAAAACCAUGGCAAGCGAACCAAACAACAAAUCUUCCACAGACACAUCCAAACCUGGAGCCAAGAAGCAUCCUGUCACCGAAGGGUCCGAAGUUUACAAAAUGCUGCAGGAAAACCAGGAGUCUGACGAACCUCCGCGACAGUCCGCCUCCUUCAAAGUGCUUCAGGAAAUACUAGAGACAGGUGACUCUGACAAGCCCUCGGGAUUCAGGAGUGUCAAAGCCCCCACAAAUAAGAUUGGAGCUUCAGUGGGAAAAGCAGACAAACUGCCCAUGUGCGACAAAUGUGGAUCUGGCAUAGUGGGAAUGGUGGUCAAACUGCGGGACAAGUUUCGUCACCCUGAGUGUUACACCUGCACAGACUGCAACACAAACCUCAAACAAAAGGGACAUUUCUUUGUGGAGGAUCAGAUCUACUGUGAGAAGCACGCACGGGAGCGAGUCACACCCCCAGAAGGCUACGACGUGGUCACAGUCUUCCCAAAAUAAACAAUGCCAAUAUCAAGACAUACUAAACCAACCAAACCUUUAUCCACAAAGGCUUUGUCUCUUGCAUUACGCUUCAGUAUGUUUAAAAAGAAAAACUUGUGGAUUUGCACAUUUUUGAUAAAGAAAAUAAUGAGUUGGACUUUUCUAAAUGCAAUCUGCACAUUGAAAUCUUCCACUGUAUUUUAGUAUUUUGUGCCCUGUACAUCUUAUGUGCAUGUUUCAAAUACUUUGAAACAAGAACCACUCUAUCAAAACUGAUUUUUAAUGUUUUAAAAAAAACAAGAACAUUUAACAAUGCCAAAUAAAUAUUUUAGCAUGUA